CGGGUCACUCAGUCCAGUUCUCCAGUCACUGGCUCGGAACAACCAAAAACUAAAAAAUAUAACAACUCAAUUUUAUUAUCAUUUACAGUAAAAAGGGGUAUAAUCCGGAUCUGAUGAUGAAAUUACAUGCCUCAAACCUACAGAACUGGUGCAAUUCUUGGGUCACCCUGACGGAUCUCAUCGUCACGGAUUUUGAGCCUGUUUGCUUGCCAUAGAACAGGCCCGUUAUGUCCGCGGAUGCACUGACCGCUAGCACGGAUGAAAAUGCCAGAUGCUGCGGCGCUCCUGCGGUGCUUGUUGCUGGCAGCGGUCGUUCCGGAUCCCAGCGGCGCGGCAGAGGUGUCGGUGUGGAGCAGGAGCAUCAACUCGACGCAGGAUGCUGUUUUUCGGAAGACGCUCUAUGCCAACACCACCAUUUACAUGCGCUUCCGGAAUGAUUCGGGCGUGUGCGACCGACGCCUGGCCUUCAACAUCAGCUGGUAUCUGCGCUCGUCUGCGUGCUACAACGAGGUCUUCAACACCCCGAACAACAGAGCCAUCAGCAUGUUUUCUCUGGACCACAUGCUGAAGGACGGCUGGAGCGGCUUCUACAGUCAGGGCUUCAUGUUCUUUGAGAACUGCUCCUCGCUCUUUAUGCCAAAGGUUUAUUUUUCCGACUUUAACCCUUAUCAGCUGCUGUCCAGCCCAGAGAGUGACUCCUCCAACCAGACUCUGGCGUGGCCUGACAAGCCGGAUGUCAGCGCGGUUGCCAAAGCUUGGAAGGACAGCCCAUACUUGUUCAUCGUCAAGGUGCAGCCCAUCUAUCGGGGGCCAGAGGAGGAGGAAGUCGGGGCCGAGCUGCCCAACUUCGCUUUCACGAUGAACGUGGAGAUGAGGGGUCCUCAUGAUUACUCCUCCCCCGCUGACUGGCCCCUCAUGAUGUUCUUCAUGGUCAUGUGCAUCGUGUACGUGCUGUUCGGGGCUCUCUGGCUCUUCUGGUGUGUCUGUUACUGGAGGGAUCUGCUGCGGGUUCAGUUUUGGAUCGGGGCCGUCAUCAUCCUCGGCAUGCUGGAGAAGGCCGUGUUCUACUCGGAAUACCAGAGCAUCCGCUACAGAGGAGACUACGUUCUGGGGGCGGUGGUCUUCGCCGAGCUGCUCUCUGCCCUCAAGCGAUCUCUGGCUAGAAUCCUGGUCCUCAUCGUCAGUCUUGGUUACGGGAUCGUCAAGCCGCGGCUCGGCACCACAGUGCAGCACCUGGUAGCCGUCGGGCUGCUGUACCUGCUCUUCUCGUCGGUGGAAGGUGUGCUGAGAGUGACAGGCGGUUUCUACGGGACGGUUGCUCUUUUGGCCAACCUCAGCCUCUCCCUCAUCGACUCGUGCGUCAUGUGGUGGAUUUUCAUCAGCCUGUCUCAGACCACCCGCCUCCUGAAGCUGCGCCGGAACGCCGUGAAGCUCUCUCUCUACCAGCAUUUCACCAACACGCUCAUCUUCUCUGUCGUCGCUUCCAUCGUCUUCAUCGUCUGGACAACGAAAGUCUUCCAGCUGGUCGACUGCCAGAGGGGUUGGAGGAACUUGUGGAUCGACGACGCCUUCUGGCGCCUGCUGUUCUCCACCAUUCUGCUGGUCAUCAUGGUGCUGCUGCGACCUUCAGCCAACAGCCAGAGGUUCUCUCAUUCUCCUCUCAUCGAUGAAGAUAACGAGGAGGAAGAAGCUAAGGAGCCCAUGCUGAAUGAGGCUUUUGAGGGAAUGAAGAUGCGAGGCUCUAAACCCGACACUAAUGGCUCCCAGAAACUGCUGAGCAAAGAGGAUGAGGACCUGAAGUGGGUGGAGGAGAACCUUCCCAUAUCUGUGGCUGACGUAGCGCUUCCUACCAUGCUGGAUGAGGAAGAGGAAAUCCUGAAAACCAAGAUGGAGAGAUCUAAAAUGGAGUAGAAGCAGAGGACUUCAGGAUGGGCCGAAAGCUCAUUUGCUGAGUCAUCGGUUCUGAGGGAUUCAUUGUCUUGGAGGAUGAGUGGUGCGUCCGAAGGCCUCACCUCUGGCCUUUACUUUGUUUUGUUUGUGUUUUGCUUGGAUUGUGAGCAGCGUUUCCGUGCCGAGCGUUUCUUUAGCAGACAGGAUGAACCACAGCUAAGAAAUGUUCAGGUUAGUGACGGUCUGUGACGGGCUGUGCGGUUCCCUGAGCGAUGAAGAUGAACCACAUCUCCUGACAUUGGAUCAUUGCAGCGGUGUUGCUGAUGGUACUCGUCACAUGUUAGUAACCCAAACCAGAGAAACCACUGAUCUGUACAACACCGCCGGAAAAGUUUCAGCCCGUCCCACAAACGCAUGCUCCGCCCAAACGUGACAUCACAGAGAAACGGCCUCUAAUGCCUUAGUCACAUGCACCCGAUUGGGGGUUGACCCGUGCCGGUGCUCCAGGUUUCUGGCUUGUCUGGACCCAUAGGAGGGUUAUAGGUAGGCGUGGCCGCAUCUUAAGGGGAUCAGAGUUGUGUCUUAUAGUCCCCUUCAGGCCCGUGCAGCCGCCUCAAGGUCUGCCGUGAAAAUGGAACGUACCAUUGUCACGUGUGUGGUAAGGGUAAGAUGAAGGAUUGAUUUGUAAGACUAAUGUAAGUUACACAGACAUGACAUAUGUGUGGUGCUGUCAUACACAGUCUAGUCAUUGGUAAGGUGCUCAUACCGCCUCCUUACUGACCACGCGCAAAUGCUGCAUGCACAGGGUGUGCACAAGUUAUUUAAGGGCCCAGAGGACGUCCACACAAACGACCCUGUGUCCAACUUCCUCAUUUCUAACAGUCAGACUGCAUCAUAAAGAGCACGCUCUCCUCACAUGAACAGCUCCAAGGGAUCCCUGAUUCAGUCUGCAGGAUAUAAAAUCUGUACAACAUCCCGGCGCCUCACCUAUCUCACCAUUGCUUACCCUUACGUGUCGUUAAAGUGUUCACUACGACCCGUAGAAACUGAAGUGCACAGACAUUUUCUCUCUACGGGUUCGUCUACUGGUCUACAAUCUUAAAAUGUCACGGUGUCAUCUGCGUACAGGUUUGACCAUUGUUUUGCCCCGGACGGCCCGUUUCCACCCUCAAGGGCAGCUGUGACUAAGGCAUAAGAUUAGAUUUUGCACAAAACAUCAAACACUCUCUUCCAGUCUCUGUGUGCAGGGAUUUAAUAUUUUUGUUCAUUGAAGACAGUUUCGUGUUUUUUUGAUCUGAUCAUCUUUUUAAACGGAGUUUGUUCCUGAAGUCUGUCUUCAUGUGAACUCUGGUUGGCUCCAUUUCAUCUGCAGCCCUUAAAUCCGUGGACUCAUUUUUAUUUACGGUACAACCAUUCCUUUAAUUUUUUGAGGGGAAACAGUUUCUCUUUUAGUCUUGAAUGUAAAAACUCAGUUUCAAACUUUAUUUUUGUGAAAGCUUUAAAAAGACAAAUUCACAUUUCAUGAAAUGGUCUCAAACUUCAAGUUCCGACAGAAUUCAGGAGACGUCGCUGAACGACUGAAUCUUUCUGCUGACUGAAGCUGCGUUCACACCCAACGCCAUUCAAACAUGCGUCGGCCACCUCUCUCCUUUGCCGCGCUGCGAGCUUAAACUCGCCACGUUCAUGAGCUCGCCGCCGUGGCCGCAUGUAUGCGGAGCUUCAGCUAACGUUUUUAGCCUGAGCGCUGUCUGUGUUUAUCUUGCCUACAGUGCAUAGAAAACACGGAUGAUGUUGAGAGAUCAGGUUCAUUUAUUUUGAGCAGAUUAAUUGCGUCUCCAUGUUUGGGAUCAUGCAGAUUCUCUCCUGCUGCUGUAUCUGAAAGACGGCGGCUUCUGCGGUCUUUCCGUCUCUUUCUGACCGAGUUUACAGACUUGCAUGAACCCGAGAGGGAAAAACUAAAAACCAGAAUAAAAUCAGGGGACCUUUUUUUAUUAAUGUCUCCAUGAAAACAAGUAAAGUAUCCUAGAGUUCAGGGUUCACGUUGAGCUCUCUGUUUGGCUGCCAGCUGGCCCCCUGGGAGAUCAGUCGCUCCAGCCCCACAGGUCUUGGGACAGCCUGGCUAGGUAAGUAAGUAAGUUUUAUUUAUAUAGCGCCUUUCACAGAUAAAAUCACAAAGCGCUGAACAAUAAACAAUUUACAACCCAGUAAAAGCAGAAAAACAAUCAAUUAAAUAUAAUGUAAGCAAAACUAAAUUGAAGAAAAAUAAACAUAAAAUAAAACCAGUCAGCUAAAAGCAUUUUUGAAUAAAAGUGUCUUCAGUUGACUUUUAAAAGAAUCGACGGUGUCGGCCACACGAAGGGACAGAGGGAGGGCAUUCCAGAGUCUGGGGGCUAUUCCCUGGAACGACCGGUCACUUCUGGUUUUGUACUUUGUCUUAAAAAUCUUUAAAAGAUUUUGAUCUGAGGAUCGGAGGGCACGGCUGGAAGCGUAGGGACAGAGCAAGUCUGAUAAGUAUUUUGGGGUCUGUCCAUUUAAAGCUCUAAAGGUUAAAACUAGAAUUUUAAAAUCAAUACGCCACUUGAUUGGGAGCCAGUGCAAGGAGGAUAAAAUGGGAGUAAUGUGUGCCCUUUUGUCUGAUCCUGUUAAAAGCCUUGCAGCAGUGUUUUGAACUAACUGAAGACGGUUAAGAACAGAUUUAUUAAAACAAGUGAAAAGAGAAUUACAAUAAUCUAAAUGAGAAGAAAUAAAAGCAUGGAUAACCAUCUCUAAGACUGAGUUAGAUAAGAACGCCCGCAAUUUUGCUAUGUUACGUAAAUGAUAAAAACAGUUUCUAAUUAAAAGGCUGGAAUGAUGGUCCAAAGACAUUGACUGGUCAAACCAUACACCAAGAUUUCUGAUACAGGGCUGUACAGAGGAGCUCAAAGAACCAAGAUGCCGGGAAAUUAUCGGGAUUUUGUUUUCUGGGGCAACUAUUAGUGUUUCUGUCUUUUCUGGGUUUAGCUGAAGACUGUUACUUGUGAGCCAAGAUUUAACACAAGCAAGGCAAUCUAGUAGUUCUGUAAGUUUGUGGAGUUCUGUGUCAUUGAAAGAGCAGUACAGCUGAAUAUCAUCGGCAUAGAAAUGGUAUGACACAUUUUUAAAGUUAUUCAAAAGCUUUCCAAGAGGGUAGAUGUACAUUAAAAACAAAAGAGGUCCUAAAACAGAUCCCUGGGGCACACCAUGUAGGAGUGGAGCGGUAUCAGAAAGCAUGGCAUUUAUGUAGACAGAGAAUGUUCUAUUAGUCAAGUAGGAGGUAAACCACUUUAAAACAAACCCAGCAAUACCAAACUCAUUUUCUAAUCUGCCCAACAGUAUUUUAUGAUCAACAGUGUCAAAUGCAGAGGAUAAGUCCAAAAGAACCAAAACUGUAUACUUUCCAGAGUCAGCAGCCAUCUUAUCCCGCCUUCGCCCAACAGUAGCCAGGACGGGUUCCAGAAACCCCGCUGCCCCAAAAGGGCCGUCACUGAAACCGUCUCGUGUCCAGGGUUGAGUCUCUGAUUGGUUGCUGGUAUGAGGUGACAUUCCUAGAUUUCAGAUUUUUUUUUUUAACUCAGGCCCACCGCGGCCGCAGCCCGAUUUGCAUUUCUGCGAGACCUUGUCACCGCGCCUGUCACUCAAAUCGAGCCACAAGACCUCAGAUGGCGUCUGUACCAUUGACCUAACAUCGAAACAAUCCGCCUGCGAACUGUGUUGGGUGUGAACGCAGCGUAAGACUGGGUCUUUUUCUUAGAUCUGCACACAGAGCUGCUCUGGAACAGGGUUGCUGGUCCGGAAAAGGGUUGCUGCUUCCUCUUAAUUACAGUCUAAAUCCAUUUCCUGAACCUGAACAUUGAGCUGUAAAAAACAAACAAACAAACCCGUUGGUACGGAUUCCUCACGUUAGUGUGACACGGCACCAGGUCUUUGAGGAAAUUUCACAUCUUAAGUUAUUUGGUUGGGCUUUCAUGAAUCUGCAUUUAUUUAUCUUUAAGGGAAAAUUGUUGAAAAUUAUUUUUUUCAUGGAGGAAGAUUUCCUUUGAUGUUGGUUUGAGUUGUCCUUUGGAAUCACGAUGUUGAUGACUAAAUAUGUUCUGCCAAUAAAAUUUCUACAGAGCAAAUA